AUGAGCUCGCAGCCCCACUACCUGGCCUCCUCCUACCGCAAGAUCUUCGGGGAGCCCCCCCGGCGACCCGCCGCCGCCUCCCGCCCGGCAGCGCCCGGGGCCCCUCGCUGGCCCGCAGCCAUGGGUCCCGCUGGGCUCCCCCGCCGGGCCGAGGCGUGGCUGGACGGGCAGGCGUCCGCGCUGGCCCGCGGCGGCGAGAAGGAGCACUGCAGGGGCUGAAACGACCGCUUCGCGGGCUACAUCGAGCGGGUGCGGCAGCUGGAGCAGCAGAACCGGCUGCUGGAGGCCGACUGGGCGCGCUGCGGCCAGCGCCAGGCCGAGCCCUCCCGCCUGGGCGAGCUCUUCCGAGCGAGCUGCGGCAGCUGCGCGGCCCAGCUGGAGGAGGCCGGGGCGGAGCAGGCAGCGGCGCGGGAGCGGGAGCAGCGCGGGGAGGUGCAGCGCCUGCGGGCGCGCUGCGAGGAGGAGGCGCGGGGCCGGGCCGAGGCGGAGCAGCGCGCCAGGGCGCAGCAGCAGGAGGCAGACGGGGCGGCGCGGGCCCGGCUGGGGCUGGAGAAGAAGGUGGAGGCGCUGCGGGAGGAGCUCGCCUUCCUGCGCCAGGUGCACGAGGAGGAGCUGGCCGAGCUGGCGGCCGCGCUCCAGGCCGCCCAGGUCUCGGUGGAGCCGGACCUGGCCAAGCCGGACCUGAGCUCGGCGCUGCGAGAGAUCCGCGCCCAGUACGAGUCGCUGGCGGCCAAGAACCUGCAGGCGGCCGAGGAGUGGUACCGCUCCAAGUUCGCCAACCUCAACGAGCAGGCGGCGCGCAGCAGCCAGGCCAUCCGGGCCAGCCGCGAGGAGAUCCACGAGUACCGCCGCCAGCUGCAGGCUCGCACCGUGGAGGUGGAGAGCCUGCGGGGCGCCAACGAGUCCCUGGAGCGGCAGAUCCAGGAGAUGGAGGAGAGGCACGGCGCCGAGAUGGGCGGGUUGCAGGACAGCAUCAGUCAGCUGGAGAAUGACUUGAGGAACACCAAGAGCGAAAUGGCUCAUCAUCUGAGGGAGUAUCAAGACUUGCUCAAUGUUAAAAUGGCUCUGGAUAUAGAGAUCGCUGCAUACAGGAAGCUGCUGGAAGGUGAAGAGACACGUUUUACCACUGGAAGCAUCAGCAUUUCGGCUCGGAAUCCACAUUCUAACCCCAGUUAUUCUUUCCAGCCCCGAGUCUUCAGUUUACCUGUGGCCACCGCGUCAAAAAUAUCUCCUACUCUGUCUUUUAAGAAAGAAGAGAAAGAGGAGGCUUCUAAAGUAUCAUCUAGUCAGAUGAGGGAGAGCUUUGCUGAAAUGAUUGAGGAGACCGUAAUGUCUACUAAGAAAACCGAGCAAUCAAACCUGGAGGAAGGAAACAUUACAAACCAAAAAAUGUAACCUUUGAAAUUAAUAGAAUUAGCAUUUAAGGGGGAACAAUAUACACUAGACCUUUCAAUUGUCUACACCUGAAUUAAUGCGCUUGUCACCCAAUAGAAAUGUCCCAGCGCUUCAGCAUCAUUAGAAAUAGUACAUCCCACACUCUAGCUGGGAGCAAUUAAAUGAUAGAGGGAUCUCAAAGCUUAGGCUGAAAUUGGAGAGGAAGGCAAACUGGGUAACUACAUCUUCUGGGGUCAUCACGAUUAGUUAAACCAAAUCACACAGUAAGGAACUCCUCACUCCAAAGCCAACACAAUCUACCCGCAUUCAUGGCUGCUCCUGAUGUACGUUUUACACAUGUGAAGGCUAUUUCCAGUUAGAAACUAUACUAGGAGAAGGCUGAAUUUGGUCUGUUCUUUGCCUUCAAAGCAGUUCCAGGUUUGGAUAGACGGUCUUUGUAACACCUGCUCUGCAGUUAGCUAGAUGCAUGUUGAUCAUUUCUGUGAUUGCAUAGUGACUCGUUGUGUCCAUAUCAUCUCAUUCCAUCUGGUAGCCAACGGGUUAAGAAAAAGAUAUUGAUUAGAAUUGACAGUGCCAACUAGUCAUAUGUUGGUUUUU